AUCAACAUUCCUUCUCUUCUUCUUGAUGCCGCCUGCGGAUGCUGUCGCUGAGGCAGCCGAAUUGUCCGAUCAUCAUGAACGUUCCACGAUAGUACUGGCCAUCGCCACAGCGUGUCUCAUUUGGUACGCUGUGGUGCAACUGGUCUGUGCCAUUGGCAAUACUCAAAUAUGGCGACAUUACUCUUCUCCAGAGCGUCCAGCAGACAUUGAUCCUUCUACCGCUCCCCAUGUCACUGUCAUCCGACCCGUGAAGGGCCUCGAACCACGACUCUACGAUUGCCUCGCUUCCACGCUUCGACAGAACUAUGCCAGAGACAGGCUGCAUGUUCGCUUCUGUAUCAGUGACCGCAAUGAUCCGUCGUAUGCGGUAAUUCAAAGAGUGUUGCAAGACUUUCCCGAUCAUGAUGCGCAGCUCCUUGUGGAGGAAGAGGACGAGGUCCUGAAGACACGUGCCGGAUCUUUCGGACCAAAUCCCAAGAUCAGAAACAUGAGUAGGGCAUACCGGGAGGCGGUGGGAGAUAUCAUAUGGGUCAUUGACUGCAAUGUUUGGGUAGCAAAGGGCGUCGUGGGGCGCAUGGUAGCCAGACUUGAGGGCUACGGCGGGAAGACUAAGUACAAGCUGGUGCAUCAACUGCCCUUGGUGGUAGACAUCCUUGGUUCUACGAAAGGUGAUGAGACAGCUGGCUUGCUGAAUGGCGACGCUGACAGCACGUAUCAAAUUCGGACCACCAGCUCUGCGUCUGCCUCCUUCCAGGAAGGCUUCCAACGCAACGCUUCGACAAUUGGCGGUGGCCGUUUGGAAGAAGCAUUUAUGUCCUCUGCACACCCCAAGUUCUACACAGCCAUCAACACAGUCGCAAUCGCACCCUGCAUUGUGGGCAAGAGCACCAUGUUUCGCAAGUCACACCUCAACAGCCUAACCAAUGACGCUGGGAUCGACUACUUCAGCCGAAACAUCUGCGAAGAUCACCUCAUUGGUGAUCUACUGUGGAAGAACAAAGUACCAGAGGAGUUGCGCGGGGAGAAGAUUGGCAAACAUGCUCAAUGCUUUGGCGACCUUGCUAUCCAGCCCAUGGCCAACAUGAGUGUGUACGAGUAUUGGUCGAGAAGAGUGCGAUGGUUACGCGUACGCAAGUGGACAGUGAUUCUUGCAACUUGGGUAGAGCCUGGGACUGAGAGCUUCCUCUGCUCAGCGUACGGUGCCUUCGCCGCAACCACACUGCCGUGGUUCGAAACUGCGGCGGGCAUCCCACAAACAUGGUCUGCGUUUGCCCUGGUCUGGCUAGCCAGUAUCUCGGUCUGGUGUGCAUUGGACUGGAUGCUGUACCGCAAGCUGAACUCCAGCGCGUCUAUCGAGGUCGAUGACGACACACCAUUCUUCGCAAGAAGGAACAAAGUCCAGCGACCUUUCGGCGAGUGGCUCUUGUCAUGGCUGGGUCGUGAAUCGCUUUGUCUCCCUAUCUGGCUAUGGGCGUUCUGGGGCGGCUCUCAAGUCGAGUGGAGGGGCAAGAAGUUCUGGGUCGGCAUGGAUAUGGAGGUCCAUGAGAUGCCAGGCGAACACACAGAGAGGUCGAGAAUCAGUAGGUCCGCCUCUCCUGCAACGCCUAGUGGAAAGGCGAGACUAGACUGAAUAGAAAGUUCUAGCAC